ACUCGUCAUUAUAUAAGUAUGUUCAACACUCUUUGUCUUAAAAUUUCAGCUUAAUUAGGCUCCUUCAUUCUUCCAAUUUCACAAAAAAAAAUCUUUUUAAAUUCCUCGUCUCAUUGCAAAUCCCACAAUCUUGGCUUCGAUCGAUCAGAGAGAUUUCUCUCCAUUGCGGCUCGACGCAUUACGCAAAUCACCAUGGACCCCUCUAUUAUGAAGAAGCUCCUUGAAGAUGACGAGGACGAAAGCAUGCAUUCAGGGGCUGAUGUGGAAGCUUUCCAGGCUGCCCUAAAUAGAGACAUUGGAGGGGAUGCCUCCGCUUCUCAUCCCUCUGAGCCAGGCUCCGAGGUUUUGUCCCAAGGGAGCAGUAACACUUCUACUCAGUCAUUACCACAGUUCCCGGUGGCUACCCAAGAUGAAAGUGCAAAUUAUCGAAUUCAACAAGAUCAAAACAGUGCACAGCCGCAAACAGUGAAUUCAUCUGAGCAGGAGCAAGUGAAACAUGGAUCAGUUCCUGAGAACAUGCAGCAGCAGCAGCAACAACAACAACAUAAUAAUAAUAAUACAUCACAGGAACCCAAGGACCUUGGUUUGCCUCCUAUGCCGUCCCAAGAUGAACGUCAACAGAAGCAUUCUGAACAAAAUCCCCUCCACACUUCUCAAGCUACCGGGAUGCAGAUGUCUGGAAAAGCUCCUGUCUUGAUGCAGGAACCAGAGAGACCACCUCCUCCAGACAAUGAAUCACAAUACGUAAAACUCCAGAAGAUGAGUAAUCAACAGGCUACGGUCUCCGAUCAGCCGACCAACCCACCAGCAGGUCGUACUAAACAAGUACCCUUUGGCUUGUUAUUGCCUGUUUUAAUGAAUCAACUUGAUAAAGAUAAGGGCAUGCAACUUCAAGAAUUAUUUGGUAAACUCAAGAAAGAAGAAAUCACCAAAGAGUCAUUUGUCCGUCUCAUUAGAGGUGUUGUUGGGGAGCAGGUGCUCAAAUUAGCAGUACUUACAGUGCAAUCACAGAUGCAGUCCCAAGCAUCAGUGCGUAAACAGCCUCAAGGGGUGCCAUCUGUCAAUACGGGGGCCACACAGUUUACCGAUCCUCGUUCAUUUGCACAAGUCCAUCAGAAGGGUACAAGCUCUUCUGCAGAUGUCUCACACAUACCUGCUUCAAGGGGCCAAUUACAGACCAAUCCAAGCCACCAAAUCAUGGACAAAAGUGUUCAAAUGUUAAGAGAGGGAGAUCGCCAGUCAGACUUUCAUGGAAAGCUUGCUAAUCAAAUGCCUUUGUCAACUGUGGUAACCACCAAUCAAGAGAGAGAUUCUAUGCAGCAUGGAUUUAAAAGGCAACAGCAGCAACAUCAACAGCAACAGUUGCACUUUCCACAGACAUCCUUUUCCUCCUAUGGGAAUAAUGGUAGUCGUUCUCACUUGUUUUCUGGGACAAAUGCCAAUACUUCAACAUUGUCUGUCAAAUCACAACCACAUGAUUCACAAAUGAGGCAAAUCUCUCAACAUCAAAGCAUGGGAUCAGCUCAGUCAGGUGGGGAAACACAUGGUGUGAACGUCAUGGGUGUCUCCAAAUUGGAAAGGCAAAAUGUAAUGAAUGAUCCUAGUCGAAUGCAUGGUGGAAGUCUUUCUCAUUUUGCAAACAAUUCAACCAUUCAACAGAAUCUGGUUCCUUGGCAACCCCCAACAAAUAAAGAUCAGAGUGCUGGCCCAUUAUCAUCAAUGUCUUACGUAAAACCUGAACCCGUUGAGCAGGCUAUUGAGCUUCAGCACAAGACUGCAUCAUCUUCACAGGGAUCACCUUCAGUUUCUGCGGCACAGUUUGAACAGAGAAACACAUUUUCUGGAACUUUAAGAGAUGAGUCUUUAGAGAAGCAGCCGUCAAGAAUGGGUUUUCCAACUUCUGCUGGGGUUGUUCCAUCAUUAUCCACAAGCAUGGCACCCCCACAUUCACUUUCUUCUUCCAUGCCUAUGCAGCCAGAUCCCAGUGUCCCGUUAGGAGCUCGGGCACCUUCUGGACUUUCUCCAGCUGGAGUUAGUAAUAAGACACCUCCAAAAAAACCUUCUCUUGGCCAGAAGAAACCGCUUGAAGCACUUGGCUCUUCACCACCACCAGCAGGUAAGAAGCAAAAAGUCUCUGGCAACUUUUCCGAUCAAAGCAUUGAGCAACUUAAUGAUGUUACUGCCGUUAGUGGAGUUAACCUUAGGGAGGAGGAAGAACAGCUCUUUUCUGUGCCCAAGGAGGAUAGCCGAGUAUCUGAAGCUUCUCGAAAAGCUGUGCAGGAAGAAGAAGAAAGGUUGAUCUUGCAGAAGAUUCCCCUGCAGAAAAAAUUAGCAGAAAUCAUGGCCAAAUGUGGUUUGAAAAACAUAAGCAAUGAUGUGGAGCGAUGCUUAUCAUUGUCUGUGGAGGAAAGGAUGCGUGGACUAAUAGAAAAUUUAAUCAGAAUGUCAAAGCAGCGUGCUGAUUCUGAAAAGGCACGACACCAGACUAUCACCACAUCAGAUAUACGGCGUCAAAUUAUGAUGAUGAAUUUAAAAGCUAGGGAAGAGUGGGAAAAAAAACAGGCUGAGGCAGAAAAGCUUCGUAAAGAAAAUGAACCUGAGAAUAAUAAUGGAGUUGAUGGUGAAAAGGAGAAAGAUGAAGGUCGUUCUAAAUCAUUGAAGGGGCAACCGAACAAAGAGGAAGAUGACAAAUUGAGGACAACAGCUGCAAAUGUGGCCGCACGAGCUGCUGUUGGAGGAGAUGAUAUGCUUUCAAAAUGGCAGCUUAUGGCUGAACAAGCCAGACAAAAACGUGAAGGAGGGACAGAUGCUGCAUCUGGCUCUCAACCAGGUAAAGAUGUGAGCCGAAAAACUUCUUCAACACCUGGAAGAACCACAAAGGACCAUCACGAGGCUGAGAAAAGAAGUGGUACUGCCUUUUUUGCCUCUUCAGGUGGGAGAAAAUUUGGAAGAAAUCAAGGCGUCUCGCCCCAAACUAAGGUGCCCCGUGGUAAUAUAACAAUCAAGGAUGUAAUCGCUGUCCUCGAAAGGGAACCUCAGAUGUCUAGGUCCACCCUUAUAUAUCGCUCAUAUGAAAAAGUUCGAUCUGAUGCGGCUGCUGAAUGAUCCAAUGAAACAGUUUCUCCCUUUGAUUCUACCAAUAGCAGGUUUUACCACUAAAGCUUAAAUCUACAUAGACAGAACAGGGUAAAACAGGUGCCUCAAAAACAUGAUGGACAAGAUGGUUUGGUUUGGUUUGGUUGAACCAGGGUGUGGUGGAGUUGGAAAAUCAUCCUCAAUUUGGACUGGUAAGCUUGCUGAGAGAUUCGGGCUUGUACAGCAAAGCUGAGUGUAUGUGCAUUGGUAUGAUAUAUCUCACUCCCUCUCUAUAUUUAUACAUAUAUAAUAGUUUGACUUGUUUUGUUUUAGCUUACUGAGGAAAAGACAGCGACAAAUAGAAUAAAACGGCAUGUCGUUUUAUUUGAAAAAAACUAAUUUAGGAAAACGACAUUUUGUUUACUCUACACAGCUUUGUUAAUAACAAGAGACAUGUUUUUGCUUCUUGUUGCUGGCAGACUCAAUAUAAUAUAAGAGAAAUUGUUUAAAAUUACUUUUUUUUUUUUUUUUUAAUUUUUUGACUUUAGUUCUCUAAAUUAUGAGAAGUUAUUUUGUAAAGAAUUAUUAAAACUAGUUUAGAGUGUAAAAUAAUUUUAAAAAAUAGUUUAUUUUGCCAAAA